AUGACUGCUAAUAAAUUGAAUAUUGGAGAUGGAUUGAAAAAUUGCAAUAUUGCUGUUCGACGGAUAUGUAAAAAAUUGAAAGCUGCAAAAUCUGUUGGUAAAAAGCAGAAUUUGUUAGCAAACUUGGCUCUUGUAAAAAGUUAUCGUUGCAAUCUUAAGUGUAUGUUAAAGCACGGAGCAGGUGUUCAAAGUCGAAAAGAGACGGCUGCAAAGAGAGUACGAUGGGAUGAUUCCCUAUCUGCAUUUGAGAGUCGGCUUAGAACUGGUAUUAUUAGUAAUCUGAAACAUAAAAAUCCUAAAGCAUUUUUGAAGGAUUGUGAAGCACUUUUUCGACGAAGAAUAAGUAACGUUCUGAAAAUUCAUGAAGCUAUAAAAGUUAACGUUAUUUUCUGUGGAGAAUUUCAAAUUGUAUCUGCAAACAAAAUGAUAACUGAACACAAAUACUUCACUACUUCAAAUAAUCCAAUAUAUCAGAAUACUGAUGUGAAUGAAUGGUUUGGGAAGAAUGUUGUCGGUCCGAUAACACGUGAUUUGGAAGAAUUCGAGGAACGCAACAGUGGUUGGACUUUAGUAAACAUUAUUAACCUUGGUGUUAAUAUAAAUAAAUAUACACCAUUACUUGGAUCGUCAUAUAUUGAACUACCUACCCAAAUCAAACGACUAGAAGCUUGUAUAAACGUAAAGAAUGAUGAUAAUGCAUGCUUUGCGCGUUCUGUGACGUCAGCAUUGUAUCCUGUUGAGAAGAAUCAUGAUCGAGUAUUAAGAUACCCACAUUAUUCAAAGAAUCAUUAUGAUGAUAUUGAGGAUGAUUGUAAUGAUAAUUUAUUACCUACUCGUUAUCAUUACGUUUGGAUUAAAAAUCUAUCCCGUUUGGUUUCAACUCAACUGAAUAAACAAGGUCACAAAAAGUUUUUCUGUGAGCGAUGCUUACAUUAUUUCUACACGGAAGAAAAAUUGAACACCCAUUAUGAGAAUUGUAAGAAAAUAAAUGCCUGUGCGAUAAGAAUGCCGAAAGUUGGAGAAAAUAUUUUAAAGUUUAAAAAUUUUAAAAAUAAAGAGAAAACACCUUUUAUUAUCUACGCAGACAUUGAAAGUGUAUUGGAACCAAUGGAUGAUAAAAUUCGAUAUCAAAAACAUAUACCUGCUGUUGUGGGGUAUUAUUUUAAAUGUGCUCAUGAUGAUUCCCUAUCUUAUUAUCGUUCAUAUCGGGGAAUGGAUUGUAUGGAUUGGUUUACAAAGGAAUUGAUGCGAAUAUCUGAAGAAGUAGAAACAAUAUUUUUAUGUUCAUAUGAGAUGGAUCCAUUAACUAUCAUUGAAGAGGAAGAUUUUCUAAAAUCAUCAUGUUGCCAUAUAUGCAAUAAGCCGUUUGUUGAUGGAGAGAAAAAAGUUCGAGACCAUUUUCAUCUUAUGUCGAAAAGUGGUGGAUAUAGAGAUGGAACUAAUUAUAGAGGUCCCGCACAUGAAUCAUGUAAUAUUAACUAUCAAGACAGUCAUGUGGUUCCUGUAGUUUUCCAUAAUAUGUCGAAUUAUGAUGGUAUAUUGAUUGUGGAGGAUGUUGCAACAAAGAUUGGUGGACGCGUUGAACUACUACCUGUUACUAAAGAAAAAUAUAUUUAUUUUACCAAAAACAUUGAUGAUUCAUCUAUUAAAUUCCGUUUCAUAGAUUCGUAUAGAUUUUUAGCGUCUUCCCUCGAUAAGCUAGCAUCAUACUUGUUGGAAUUUCCCAACAUGAGGAAGCAUUUUUCUAAAAUUUCGGAAAAUCAGUUUCAAUUGUUGACAAAGAAAGGUGUAAUGCCAUAUGAUUUUGUUGAUUCGUUUGAUAAAUUUAAUUGCACUCAACUACCGAACAUAGAAGCAUUCUAUAAUCGAUUGGAGGAGAAACAGUGUUCUAGACAAAUGUAUCAUCAUGCGCAAAACGUUUGGUCAGCAUUUAAUUGUUCAAAUUUAGGUGAUUAUGUAGAUCUCUAUAUGGAAACGGAUAUAAUGCUACUUACGGAUAUUUUCGAAACGUUUAGAGCAACCUGCCUGUCUACAUACAACCUUGACCCGGGAAAUUACUAUACAUUAGCGGGAUAUACGUGGGAAUGUAUGUUGAAGUAUACAAAUAUUGAGCUCGAAUUGUUGACUGAUAUAGAUAUGAUGAUGUUUGUUGAACGAGGAAUUCGCGGUGGUUUGAGUCAAUGUAUGAAACGACGUUCUACAGCGAAUAAUAAAUACGUUUCAGGAUUUGAUUCAUCCAAGCCUGAAGUGCAUUUACUUUAUUUAGACAUUAACAAUCAAUAUGGAUGGGCGAUGAGUCAGUGUCUUCCUUACAGUGGUUUUGAGUGGUGUGAUACAAAUAUUGAUGUUUCAAUGAUUUCGGAUGAUGCCGAUAAUGGAUAUUUCUUAGAAGUUGAUUUCAAAUAUCCUGAAAAACUUCAUGAUAAACAUAAGGAUUUACCUUUUUGCCCUGAACAUAGAUCAGCACCUAAUUCUAAACAGAGUAAAUUGAUGGGUACUCUUCAUGAUAAAGAGCGAUAUGUAAUUCAUUAUAGAACAUUGAAGCAGGCAUUAAACAAUGGGCUAAAAUUAGAAAAAAUUCAUAAAGUUUUAAAAUUUAAACAGUCGCCUUGGCUUCAAUCAUAUAUUGAUUUAAAUACCAAACUACGAAAGAAUGCUAAUAAUGAUUUUGAGAAAAAUUUGUAUAAAUUAAUGAACAAUGCCGUCUUUGGAAAAACAAUGGAAAAUAUUAGGAAACAUUCUAAUGUAAAGCUUGUUACAAAAUGGGAGGGUCGAUAUGGGGCAGAAGCUUAUAUAUCUAAACCCCAAUUUCAUUCUUGUACAAUUUUCAAUUCAAACUUGGUGGCCAUUGAGUUGAAAAAGAUGGAGAUAUUCUUCAAUAAGCCUUUGUAUAUUGGUAUGGCAAUCUUAGAUUUAGCUAAAACUACAAUUUAUGAUUUUCAUUAUGGCUAUAUGAUUCCACAGCUGGGUGAUGAUUCUACCGCUAUCUAUACAGAUACUGACUCGGUUAUUUACGAAAUUAAAAACCAUGAUCCUUAUGAAAUGAUAAAAAGAGAUUGUCACAAGUAUUUUGAUACCAGUGAUUACCAUCCUUCUAAUGUUUAUAAUAUACCUUGCGUUAAUAAGAAAGUGCUUGGUAUGAUGAAGGAUGAAAACAAUGGAACUCCUAUGACUCAUUUUGUAGGAUUACGAUCAAAAUUAUAUACAUUAAAAAUAGCAACCCCUCUAGAAAAACAAACAAAAUCGCUUGAUGAUUCUAUAUUUAAUCAUGGGAAUAUUAAACAAGAAUCAAAUAAUCUUGGGUUAACAAAAAAAGCUAAGGGAGUUAAAAGAUGGUCUCGCUUGUAA